ACUGGCGCCGCAUUACCUACCGUCGCCGCCGAGAACGGUGAGCGGAGUUUUCGACUCCGUAUAUAGGGCGAGAAAAAGCGAGAGAGAAUUUAACAGGAGAGAGCGAGAACGCGCGAGGAAAGACGCGCGGGUCGAAUGGACGCACGUGGCUUGUCGUGCCUCGCAAAACUUACUGCGUUAUAUUCUCCGGGUUACGAGAUCCGGGACGCCGGGAGGUAGUGGAAUGUGUAGGCGGACGCCGCUAUGUAAUAGCGCGACGCGUGUGUGCGUCCGGCGUGCACGUGGCUGGGCUCUGCGCUCGCGGCACGCCGCCCGAGAGAACGUGUGACACGCAACGGAUGUUGCGAGUCCGUACGCGCCUCUCGCGUGCGUGACUCCGGCCGUACGGCGACACGCCGUGCCGUCAGAGGGUUCCGAGACCUCCGCUCUCGACCGCCCUCUGGCGGCUUUGGCGGUCGAUUCGUCGAUCCUCACUCAAGAAUCUUAUUUACCCUCGCGAGGGUAAAAUUCCUAUCGAGAAGGCUGACUUACCAGCUUUUUCUCGGUCAGCGCCAUCUAGCGGCGCCGACUGACACUUCAGCGUUUGACACUUCGCACGGGUACUUUGAGAUACGUAGAUGCGCAUAUUUCUGGCCAUUGUGUCUAAUCUUGCGACGGAAAUAGAAUAAAAUCAUUCUCUGGCAUGAUGCAUAUUCAACCGGGAAAUCUCCUGACGCCGAGCAAGAUACAUUAUUUGGCGGUUCUCUUUCUGUCGCUGAAUUGCUUAGUGGCGCCGAUUGCGCCUGGAAACAUCGUGCUGAUUAUUACCGACGAUCAAGAUUUAACUUUAGAUGGCAUGACGCCGAUGACGAAUACCCUGAAUCUCAUAGCAUCUCAGGGUGCCACGUUCACGAAUUGCUUCGUAGCUUCGCCUAUCUGUUGCCCGAAUCGUGCGUCCAUCCUGACCGGACGAUAUCAGCAUAAUCACUUGACGGUGAACAAUUCUAUCGCCGGUGGUUGCAGUAGCACGCAAUGGCAACGAUCGCAAGAACCGGCAACAUUUGCCGCUCUCCUGCGAAACAUCGCCGGAUACAAGACGUUUUACGCCGGAAAAUACCUGAACGAGUACGGAAGCGAAAAGGUCGGUGGUGCAGCUCACGUACCAGUGGGAUGGGACUGGUGGGCUGGUCUUUUAGGAAAUUCCAAAUAUUAUGAUUAUUCGUUGUCGAUAAAUGGUACCGAGACCAAGUACGGUGAAAAUUCGAGCGAUUAUCUUACGGAUGUAAUCAGUAAUCUGGCCAUAGAUUUUAUUAACGCAUACUCGAACGAUCAACCUUUCCUCAUGGUAUUAGCACCUCCAGCCCCUCACGCACCUUUUACACCUGCUGAUAGACAUAAUGAUAAAUACAAUGACACGAAAGCAAAGAGAACCCCAAAUUUUAAUGUUCCCGUGCAUCAGGACAAACAUUGGUUAGUUAGAAAAGGUCCAACUCCUUUGCCAAACAGUGUAUUACCAAAAUUAGAUAAGAUAUACAGGAAGAGAUGGGAAACUUUGCUAGCGGUCGAUGAACUCGUUGAAAAUAUAUACAAUUUGCUGAAAGAGCGAGAUCUUUUGAACGACACCUACUUUAUUUAUACCUCCGACAACGGAUAUCAUGUUGGACAGUUUAGCAUGCCUAUGGAUAAGCGUCAACCCUAUGAAACAGAUAUACGAGUGCCAUUACUGAUAUCCGGUCCAGGAAUUGACUCGUCUACAAUUUCCGCAGCCGUUAGUAGCGUCGAUAUCUUCUCUACGCUCUUAGAUAUAGCCGGUGUAGAGUAUCCAUCUGACGGGAGGACAUUGUUUAAAACGACGCGCGAUUUACCGCAAGAUCGUACCGUAUUGAUUGAGUACAGGGGAGAGAGAUCUAAAAAGGCCCCUUCGUCCGGUUGUCCGAGCGACAGCGAUCUUAAUGUUACAUUAUGCGUGAAAGAAAUGGCAUGCAAAUGUCAGGAUGCUGCGAACAAUACGUUUAGUUGUAUUCGUCGCGUUUCGCCGCGCUUCAACAACAUCUUCUGCAUCUUCGAGGAUGAUCAGAGAUUCAUCGAGGCUUACGAUUUGAACUUGGACGAGUAUCAAAUGAUGAAUAUCGGAUAUACCAUGAAGAAAGGAUUGAGAUACAGAUUCAGGAAACGUUUGAAGAGACUGGCGGUGUGUCGGGAUGCGGAAUGCGUUUUCACAGGCACAGCGAGGCCUUCGAGUUUUGUAACUCGAGAAACGAGCGCGAUGUAGUAGCAGCAGAGAAGACAACACGAUAUCUAUGGGUGUUCGAAGAUCUCUCGUCAAGUACUUAAGUUCGCGGAUAACUGCUGCUGCAGCAUCGAGGAGCACCAGCUUCCUCGAUUCUGAGUAAAUUCAUCGCGAGGGGGAAAAAAAAAGAAGACACCGAGAUAGUUUGGGGAAGUUGCGUAAGCGACUUUACUCCCUGAAAUAAACUUCAAAGAUGAAAACUUAUUCGUAAUUCUUUUUUUUUUUUUUUUAAUUUAUUCUCCGUAAAUUUACAACUAAAUGUUUGAAAAAUGUAUUUGUGAUAAAAACCGAGAGAAAUUUCAGUUUUUGUCGGAGAGAGAAAAGA